AUGUCAAACUGGUCUUUCUACGACUACAGCCCCAGCAAAGUGGGAGCGAUUAUUGCACUUAUUUGCUAUGGAGCUAGUGCUGGCUACCAUGUGUUUCAACUAGUAGCUAUGAAAUGCUUCUUUUUCACGACAUUCAUCGUUGGGGCACUUAUGAUGACCCUUGGCUACAUAUUGCGCGCCGCUUCAGCUGCGGACACGACCGCCAUGGGCCCGUACAUUGGACAAAAUGUCUGCAUUCUCCUCCCACCCUCCCUUUACGCCGCUACGAUAUACAUGAUAUAUGGGCGUAUCGUUGACUAUGCUGGAGAGCGAACACUAUCCAUCGUAUCACCACAAAAGGUUACCAAGAUCUUUGUGAUUGGGGACGUUCUUGCGUUCCUGACCCAAGCCUCUGGUGGUGGUAUGAUGGCGAUAUCCUCUAUGGCGAAGAUGGGACAGACCAUUACCAUCGUGGGUCUUUUCAUUCAACUUAUCUUCUUCGGGGCAUUCCUCACGAUCGCAAUUAUCUUUGGGCGGCGAGUUCAGCAGACCAAGACCGCGCUACGUAACUUACCGUAUGGAAAGUUGCUCUUUGUUCUAUUUACUGUAUCGGCGUUGAUUAUCGUUCGAUGUUUCUAUCGCAUUAUUGAAUUCUGCCAAGGAAAUGACGGGUACUUAAUGGGCCACGAGGUGUUCAUGUACGUGUUUGACACGAUCCCGAUGUUUGUGGUUCAAGCUGUCUUUCAUUUCUACCACCCCGGGAAGGUCCUUGUUACGAGGCGCUAUACUGGUCUUGGAACGGAGAUGCGGUAG